AUGGUGAGCUUAGAAGAGCAGUUAGAGGAUGUCAAGGCAGAGAAUAAGGCACUCUCUGCGUACAUGAACGACAUUGUGGGCGAUAUCAACGAGGAAGCGCCAAAGAUAGCCUCGAUGAAGGCCAACUAUGAUAAUGCUAUUAAG